AUGGCGACUCCUAUGCACAGAUUAAUUGCCCGUAGACAGGCGGAAGCGAAUAAACAGCAUGUUCGUUGUCAGAAGUGCCUGGAGUUUGGUCACUGGACAUAUGAGUGCACUGGCAAAAGGAAGUAUUUGUACAGACCGUCGAGGACUGCUGAGAUGAAAAAGAACCUCAAAGAGAAGGAGAACAGUGUACAGAAUGUCAAGGGUCCGGGGCAGGAAUCCCUCAGUGAGAAGAAAACAAAGAAGAAAAGAUCUAAGGACUCGAGUGGUUCCAGCAGCAGCAGCAGUGACUCAGACAGCUCUUCCAGUGACUCCUCCUCUGACAGCAGCGAUGACUCCUCGUCCUCCUCCUCAUCCUCGUCCUCCUCGUCCUCCGAUGACAGCAGCAGCGACAGCGAGGACAGCUCCAGCUCCUCGUCCAGUUCCAGCUCUGACUCGGACUCGUCUAGCUCCAGCAGCUCCGACCAGGGGCCUCCCAAGAAAAGAAAAAAGAGGAAAUGAAACGUGCGGUUGUCGUGCUUCGCUCGUCGGACGCAACGCCGUUG